UACAUACACAUAUCAAUAUAUUUGCCUGACCUUGCCGGCUUCAACCUUCUCUUCGUCUUCUUCUCUUCUUCUUCUUCUUCUCUCUAGAUUCUUGAAAUUCUCCUGAUUUUGUACAAUAACAGCACACAAAAUGAGAACCUUUUGUUUCUUCUUCGCAAUUGUGGUUAUACUACUAUUGUCAAUUUCAUCGGUGCCAAGCUCAGCUCACUUCUUCCAUAACAUAUCCUCACUACCUCCGCCGCUCCCGAACGUCCCCGCCACUACCGGUCCCUGGGACGCCUUCAAGAAUCUCGUGGACAGCAACCCUGGCGACAAGAUUGACGGAUUAGCCAAGCUCAAGAACUACUUUCACCACUUCGGUUACAUACCAAAUGUUCCAUCUAAUUUCACUGACGAUUUCGAUGACUUGCUUGAAUCGGCUAUCAAGACUUACCAGCAGAACUUCAAUCUUAAUGUGACCGGAAAGCUCGAUGAGCAGACGAUGAAUCACGUCACGAAGCCGCGAUGUGGCAACGCUGAUAUAAUCAACGGCACGUCCACGAUGAAUUCAGGCAAAACGACGCCGUCUAAUACAACCCUUCAUACUGUUUCGCACUACACGUUCUUUCCUGGCAAGCCGCGUUGGUCGGUUAGUGACAGCGAGUUGACCUACGCGUUUCUGCCUGGGAAUCAGUUGGCGGCGGAUGUGAAGAGCGUGUUCACACGCGCUUUCGAUCGGUGGUCGGAGGUCACCACGUUAACUUUCGUAGAAACGGAUUCGUACUCGAGCGCAGACAUCAAGAUCGGGUUUUAUAGUGGGGACCACGGGGAUGGAGAGCCGUUCGAUGGAGUUUUAGGGACGCUGGCCCACGCUUUUUCGCCGCCGAGCGGGUGGUUCCACUUGGACGGCGAAGAGAAUUGGGUGACUUCCGGUGAUUUGACAUCAUCGUCGUCGACGACAGCUGUGGAUCUCGAAUCGGUGGCAGUGCAUGAGAUCGGGCACUUGUUAGGAUUAGGGCAUUCGUCAGUCGAGGAAGCGAUCAUGUAUCCGACUAUAACGUCCGGGACGAGAAAGUUGGAGCUGGCCAGCGACGACAUUGCUGGAAUUCAAGAAUUGUAUGGCGCCAAUCCGAAUUACAACGGGUCAGCGGCGACGCCGUCUACAGAGCAGCAGGACACCAGUGGGGCCUAUAGUGUGGAUUCUAUGUGGGGCCUGAUCGUGUUGAUGACCGUCGGAUUUGUCUUGCUGUUUUUGUAAAUAUAGGUUGGAUUAUUAGUCACUAGAUUACGAUUUUUUUUCGUACAUACAUACAAUAGAGGGGAUAUUUAUUUAGUGGUGACAGCGAUAUAUUUGUUCUGAUUCAUAUGGUAUUUAUUUUAUUAUUUUAAAUAUUUGUAAAUACAAAUCAUAAUGAAAAAUCUUUUAUUCAUAAUA